AUGAAGACCGUAACCUGCACCGCCCCUGUCAAUAUUGCCGUCAUCAAAUAUUGGGGCAAGCGCGACACCCAGCUCAUCCUCCCCACCAAUGACUCUCUAUCAGUCACUCUUUCCCAAGACAUCCUUCACAGCAAGACUACAAUCUCGGCUGCAAAGGAGUAUUCCGGAGAUCGUCUCUGGUUGAAUGGCAAGGAGGAAGACAUCACUAAGAACAAGCGCAUGCACAACUGUUUCCGUGAAACACGCGCUAUCCGCAAGGCCGUAGAAGAUAAGGCCGCUGCUGCUGGCCAGCCAAUUGAGCUGUUGUCAACUUACCCCGUACACGUCUGCUCAGAAAACAACUUCCCCACUGCUGCUGGUUUGGCAUCAUCUGCCUCUGGUUUGGCUGCUUUGGUUUUCACUCUCGCAAAGCUGUUUGACUUGCCCUCCGAUAUGUCCGAAUUGUCGCGCAUUGCUCGCCAGGGUUCCGGAUCUGCCUGUCGUUCACUAUUUGGUGGCUUUGUCGCCUGGGAAAUGGGUAAGGAAGCCGAUGGUUCGGACUCCAAGGCUGUCCAGGUUGCUCCCGAAACCCACUGGCCUGAGCUUGAGGCAUUGGUGUGUGUUGUGUCGGAUGCCAAGAAGGGCACUUCUUCUACAGAGGGUAUGCAAAACACAAUCCAGACCAGUCCUUUGAUGGCCGAGCGUCUCAAGGUUGUCCCAGGCCGUAUGGAGGCUAUGAAGAAGGCCAUUCUUGCCAAGGAUUUUGAAUCAUUUGGUGAACUCACCAUGAGAGACUCCAACCAAUUCCACGCCGUCUGCUUGGAUACCUUCCCCCCUAUUUUCUACCUCAACGACACCUCUCGCGGAAUUAUGCGUCUUAUCCACGAGUACAACCGUAGCUCUCCUGAUGGCAAGAUCAAGGCUGCUUAUACCUACGAUGCCGGACCAAAUGCUGUCAUCUAUGCUCCCAAGCAGAACAUGCGUGAAAUCAUCCAGUUGAUUGCCCACUACUUCCCAGGCACUGACUCUGAUUAUUACUUUAAAGAUACAUAUGGUGUUCUUGGUGGUGCUGCUCUUGGUGAAAACUAUCUGCCUGCUGCACACACUUCAUUUGAAGAAGUCAUCCCUGUCCACCCCGUUGGCAGUGUCAGCCGCCUUUUGCACACAAAAACUCAUGAUGGACCCCGCGUUCUGUCCGAAAAAGAUUCACUGUUAAAUGAACAGGGUCUUCCCAAGCGUACCGCACAAGUAUAA